AUGCAGUAUGGCCCCAGGCUCCCGUGCCCUUUCCCAACUGUUACAUCAUCCUUCUAUCAUCAUGUCCUGUCUUUCCCAGACAAUGUGGCCCUCCAUGACCUGUCUGGUGCGACCACCAGACAGAUCACAUACCGCCAACUCGGUGCUCGAGUACAGGCCUUGGCCGCAGAACUCCGCAGCCUUGGUGUACGUCCUCACCAGAGAGUCCCUCUCGUUGUAAAGAGGAGCGCUGAGAUGGUAGUGGGUAUUUGGGCCAUCCUCUCUUGUGGUGCUCAAUAUGUUCCCCUUGACGGGGGCGUUGUGCCCGAUUCAACCAUACGGCAUGUCUUUGAACAGUCUGGUGGCAACAUCAUUUGCUGCCUACCAUCAACUGUUCAUCGCAUCCGUGAUCUCUGCCCAGGUGCCACUCCUGUCAUUAUUGAGCAGCAGCAGCAGCAGCUCGAUGAACUGACCCAUGAUGGGAAAUGGAUGGACUUGGCCACUCCUGAUGGCGGAUGUUACAUCAUUUACACAUCCGGUACAACAGGCAAGCCCAAAGGUGUUGAUGUAACACACAGAAAUGUUGCCAAUCUUGUCUGCAUGUCUCCCGGGAACCUGGGUAUUCGACCAGGUCACCGGGUGGGACAAGUCCUCAACAUCAGCUUUGACAUGGCUGCCUGGGAGAUCUUUGCAUGCCUGUGUAACGGUGGCACCCUUGUCAUCCGGGGUUCUAAGUGGGAACCCGCUAUUGAGCUGCUCGAUACCUUGAUUUGUACACCAACUAUUCUGUCCAAGUACCCUCCUACCAAAUACCCCAAGAUCAAAGUCGUUGCUACCGCCGGUGAACCUACUUCGCAAGACCUAGCUGAUCUGUGGGCCAAACAUGCCACGUACUGGAAUUGCUGCGGUCCUACGGAAACGACCAUUGUCAACACUAUGCAGAAACACAUUGUUGGUGAUGGCCUAUCUAUCGGCCGCCCUACUCCCAAUAACCACGUCUAUAUCCUCGAUGACAAUGGGAAGCCUGUACCGGUAGGUGAAUCCGGUACCAUGUGGGCCGGCGGAUACGGAGUGUCUCGCGGUUACGUUGGCCUUGAGGCCAAGACAAAGGAGUCUUACAUUCCAGAUCCCUUUACCAACGAUGGAUCCAAAAUGUAUUGUACCGGUGAUUUGGGGCAGUGGCGGCCUGAUGGCUCCAUUGAAAUUCUGGGUCGAGUCGACGACCAAGUCAAGAUCAAGGGUUUCCGUGUUGAAUUGGACGGAGUGUCAUCGUCUAUGGCUUCAGCGCCAGGCGUCACUCGUGCCUGUGCACUCUUGAUUGAUGGAGAAAUCCAGGGGUUUGCCGUCCCCUCUACCCAAGAUGCUGAAGCCAUUCUGGAGCACACCCGCAAACUUCAACCCUACUAUGCUGUGCCAUCUAGCAUUCAUCUUCUGGAUGAAUUUCCUACAACGGCCAAUGGAAAGAUUGACAAGAAAUCUCUACGCAUGCUGGCUAUUGGACCGGCAUCUCCCACGAUCUCUGAAUCUUCCACCGUGUUCAGUAGCACCUUUCAACCGGCUACUCUGCCAGAGGAUACGACCGAAAAGACGCUCGAUUUAUUGGGAGAUAUUCCCGAAAAGAAGUGGCCCAAGCCUUGGAGAGGGAUCAAAAAGCGUGUUCUCAUUGUUUAUCGCGUUCUAUUCAGCCUUGUUGGUCUCGUUAACAUUGGUGUUCUCAUCGCUGUCCUUCUUCUCAGCCCCAAAGUUGAAUGGCUUGCAACUAUCACUGCGGCUAACCUGGUCACCGGUGUACUUAUCCGCCAGGAUGUCGUCAUAAACACCCUGUACACCAUUUCUUGCUCUGUUCCCAAAUCCUUCCCGUUCUGGAUUCGCCGCCGUUGUGCCAAAAUCUAUCAUCUCGGAGGCGUCCACUCUGCUGCUGGUAUCUGUGCAACCGCGUGGCUCCUUGCCUCUACGAUUCAGGCCACAGUUGCCCGAUUUCAGCUACAAAGUCGACCAUCUGGGUACUCUUUAGCCAACUUGGUGGUCUCCUGGCUGCUCUGUGCUCUCUGCUGCGUUAUUCUUACCUUUGCCCUACCCACUUUUCGCAAAGCUAAGCACAACAUGUUUGAGAAGAUGCAUCGCUUCCUGGGGUGGACCACGCUUGCACUUUUCUGGGCCAAGACGGUUGUUUCUGUAUACGAUUCUACUCCAGCCGGAGAAGAUGUUGGGAUUGCACUAGUCAAGACACCGUCCUUUUGGAUGCUCGGCGUUGCCACAUGCAGCGUUGCCUCCUCCUGGAUCUUCCUGCGUAAAGUCAAGGUCAACGCUGAGCCGCUAUCGGAUCACGCGAUCCGCUUGCACUUUGACUAUACCAUCCCAGUCAACGGUAGCUUUACACGCAUUUCCCACCGCCCACUCAUCGAGUGGCACUCCUUUGCGACGAUCCCUGCCCCUCAGGCUGACGUCGAAAAUGGUAUUGCGCCAGGCUACUCUCUCGUGGUAUCCAACGCUGGUGAUUGGACUAAGGCGUGUAUUCAAAACCCUCCCACAAGCAUCUGGGUUCGUGGCCUUCCGACUUGCGGUGUUAUGCGCAUUGCUACAUUGUUCAAUCGCGUUGUCGUCAUUGCUACUGGAUCUGGCAUCGGCCCUAUGCUGGGCCACAUCGGGCAGCCGAGCUGUCCCACUCGGCUCAUCUGGUCAGCUGCUUCUCCCGAAAAGACAUUCGGUAAGAAGAUAAUGGAUACGAUCAAGGGAACUAUACCCGACGCUAUCAUUCAUGAUACCCGUACCCAGGGCCGGCCCGACCUUGUUCGCAUGGGCUACAACCUAGCCAAAGACUUUGGCGCCGAGGCCGUCAUCAUCAUUGCCAAUGAAAAAAUCACCAAAAAGGUGGUAUAUGGGUUGGAGACCCGGGGUGUCCCAGCCUAUGGUGCCAUUUGGGACAGUUAA